CCCAAAUCUUCUUUUGCUCCACAUUCAAUCUCAAGUCUCAAUUUGGGAUUGAAAAUUUCCAUUCCUUGGGCGUUGUCUGAAGGAAUUUACUCAUUUGGAUACUAAGAAACACCUGAUAUUGAGGAAAGUUUUUUGCUUUUUGAGGUUUUAUGAGCUCAAUCUCAGUCUGCAACUCCGUUGACCAGGCUUCCUCAGCUACAAUCAUGGCGAAUUCAUUGGAUUCAGAUGAUCUGAUGAACCCCAAAUCAUCAUCAAGAAACAAUUUUCCCAAGAAACAAAAGGUACCCAAUUCAUCAAGUUGUUUAGAAAUUCCAUUUUGUGAAGGAUCAAGAUCUGCUGCCAUUGAUGUAUUCAUCUUAAUUGCUGUGAUUGCAGCUUGUGGAUUCUUGUUGUUCCCAACUUUAAAGUGUAUAUCUUUGAAAAUGAUUGAAUUCAUUGAACCUGUCUUUUAUAUGUUUAAAGAGGAAAUUAUGAGAACUCCAAUGAUAUAUGCAUCCAUAGGAUUAGGCUUUUGUUGUGCUGCAAUAGCUACUUGGAUUUUGCUUCUGUGUACAACUAGGAAAUGCAGGAACCCUGAUUGUAAAGGUCUUUGGAAGGCAGCCGAAUUCGAUAUCCAAUUAGAAACUGAGGAGUGUAUUAAGAACUCCAACACUUUGGUUAAAGAUGGUGCUAAAAGAGGACUUUUCGAGUUGUCUCCGGAUCAUCACAGGGAAUUGGAAGCCGAGUUAAAGAAGAUGGCACCAAUUAACGGAAGAGCAGUUCUUGUUUUUCAAGCUCGGUGUGGAUGUCCUGUUGGCAGAUUGGAGGUUCCGGGGCCAAAGAAGCAAAGAAAGAACAAGAAGUAGGAUUUUGGGAUAUGAUAGAUAAAUUAAAGCAAUAGAGAAAGUAAUCAUAAUGCAGAGAGGAGUGCCUUCUCUGGUUAGUUUAUUCAAAAACUAUGUUGUCUUUAAAUAAGCUCUAAUGGCAAUAAGUUGUAAGGAUUAUAUACAGUUGAUUAUAGCGGAGAAUAUAAGAAUAUUUUCUUUCAUUUGUUUAA